AUGGGUAACCCUAAUGGUGUGUACAUUCGCUCCUGCGCCCAGGUGCCCUUCACUAGCUUCGUUCUACAGCGUAAUACGUUCAUGCGGGCACACAGAGACAUGAACAACGCCAUGCAAAGUCUCAAUGCUGUACUACCCUGCUCGGCCUUUACAGGCAGAGGGGUAUGGGUACAAGACCCAAACGGCAACUAUGCGUCUAUGGAUGGUACCAUGCGGGGCACUGUGUUGAAUCUCACACUGCCGGGAGUCACUUUUGACCCUCAACAAUGGCACGAAACGCGCUCCUGGACAGGAGAUCGCAUCACGAUUGCCAUCUUCACGGUCAGGGCUGUGGACGACCUCACCCCUGCACAUGUCGCCACACUCCGGAGACUGGAGUUUGCAAUACCUGAACCACCUGCACCAACUGCGCCCCCUGCAAUGAACCUUGACAGUGAGUGA